AGGUUUCUGUGGCGUUGGCUAUAUUUAUCUCUGGUUCCAUGCCAGCGGGGAGGGUUUAAAUGGCACCCAGCAGUUGGCGUGAGGGGCUGCAGGAGCUUGGGGGCCAGAGGCAGGAACAAGUCUUUUCCGACCCUAUGGAGCUCUAUGAGACAUCCCCCUACUUCUACCAGGAGCCCCGCUUCUAUGACGGGGAAAACUACCUGCCUGUCCACCUCCAGGGCUUCGAGCCACCGGGCUACGAGCGGACUGAGCUCAGCCUGAGCCCCGAGGCCCGGGGGCCCCUGGAAGACAAGGGGCUGGGGACCCCCGAGCACUGUCCUGGCCAGUGCCUGCCCUGGGCGUGUAAGGUGUGUAAGAGGAAGUCGGUGUCAGUGGACCGGCGGCGGGCAGCCACUUUGAGGGAGAAGCGCAGGCUCAAGAAGGUGAAUGAGGCCUUCGAGGCCCUGAAGAGGAGCACCCUGCUCAACCCCAACCAGCGGCUGCCCAAGGUGGAGAUCCUGCGCAGCGCCAUCCAGUAUAUCGAGCGCUUGCAGGCCCUGCUCAGCUCGCUCAACCAGGAGGAGCGCGACCUGCGAUACAGAGGCGGGGGCGGGCCUCAGCCCCAGUUCUGCCUAUUGGGACAAGGCAGAGACACAUCCAAGGAUGGCUGCGCCCUGACCUUGGGCCUUGGCCCUGACUUGCAGGUGCCCAGUGAAUGCAGCUCCCACAGCGCCUCCUGCAGUCCAGAAUGGGGCAGUGCACUGGAGUUCGGCCCCAACACAGGUGAUCAUCUCCUUGCGGCUGACCCUACAGAUGCCCACAACCUGCACUCCCUCACCUCCAUUGUGGACAGCAUCACAGUGGAGGAUGUGUCUGUGGCCUUCCCAGAUGAAACCAUGCCCAACUGAGAUUGUCUGCCAGGCCGGGUGUCCAUGUGAGCCCCCAAGCUGGCCAUAGGUGCCGCCACUUCUGCAGCAGAGGUCUCCUAAGCCAGGUUGUCCUGAUGCCAGGAAGACAGCCUUGGGCUGCCACAGGCCAGACUAUCCCCUUCCUCAUCCAUAUAAGGUUUAUGCACCGCCCAGUAAGGGAACGGAUGCCCUCAUUUAGCUAACUCCUUAGAGCAGAGGGCAUCCCCUUUCCAAGGAGAUAAAGCAGGGGACCAGAGCGCCCCCUUGUGGAUACCUCCAGCUCAGGGGGGCAAACUCAGGAGAUUCCUUUUAUCAUAAUGAAGCCUUUAAUUCCACCCCCCAAAUGGAAUUGUUUGAGAGAAAAAGACAGUGUUCUGACCCGGACAAGUGUGCACAUCUUCUGUCCUGGUCUCUUCCUGAUGCCAGUGGCUGGGCUGGGCCUGCCCUGAGUUGAGAGAGAAGAAAGGGAGAGGAACAAUCCUCUGUUCCCAAGUCCCUGGGGGGCCAAGCUUUUGCAGUGAAUAUUGGGAACCUUCCAGCAGUUUUAUGUUUUGUUUUGUUUUGUGUGUUGUUUGUAAAGCUGCCAUCUGACCAAGGUCUCCUGUGCUGAAGUUGCCAGGGACAGGCAGGGAAAGGGGGUGGGGACUCUUGGGGUGAUUUCUUUUGUUAACUAAGCAUUGUGUGGUUUUGCCAUUGUUUUGUAAUUUUUUUUUGUUUGUUUUGCUAACUUAUUUGGAUUUCCUUUUUUAAAAAAUGAAUAAAGACUGGUUG